AUGUCCACACCAAGUGCACGAAGAAGAGGCUCACCAAGACUGCGAAAAGAUGUUAGCCGGCGACCAGCUGCGGUGCUGCGACACUGUGUCCCGGGACCCGCGCCGUCCCGACCAAUGCAUAUAAACACCGCUGCUUUGACCACUAUCGAACCUAUGGCAUUAGAACCUCAGAAUCAGAUGCAGCAACUACGAAAAUUAAUCGCAGAAAGUCACGAAAAUGGGUGGGAUAAAGCCUGGCAAGAGAAUGUCACCCCAUGGGAUACAGGGAAACCUCAGCUGGCUUUGCAGGAAUUGAUAGAAUCCAAGGCCCUUGACUUGCCUACGGCUGGAAAGGCUCUCGUACCUGGCUGUGGUCGAGGAUACGAUGCGAUCUUCAUCGCCACCAGCCUCGGGUUAGACACUCUUGCGAUUGAUAUAUCUUCCACUGCCGUUGAAGCUGCGAACGACUUAGUGAAGUCAUCGAACCUGCCCCCGACCGUCAAAGUGGCCAUGGAACUAGGCGACUUUUUUGCUUGUGGAUCCGCUGGACAGAAAUUCAAUCUCGUGUACGACUACACAUUCUUUGUCGCCAUCCUGCCUUCCCAACGAAAUGAGUGGGCCAAGACGAUGUCGUCCAUCGUGGAAUCGGGUGGAUAUCUCAUCACGCUCGUCUUCCCGUUGGACCCGCCGAGCGACACAGGCCCGCCUUUCUACGUCAGACCUGAGCACUAUGCCGAGGCUCUCGGAGCUGGCUGGGACAAGGUCUACGACGAGGUUCCUGAGACCGAGCUGGAGUCGCAUGUAGGACGGGAGAGAAUGAUCGUCUGGAAGAAAUUGUAA